GUCGUGUAGCAUUUUCCGAUAUUUAUGGAUUUCUUAAAUUCAGCAGCAAGAACCACAAGUGAAUCCGGAUUAUUCAUCGAAGUCUGCAGACAAUCCAAUAGACAUUUCCGAGGCAUUUUGCUAUUGUAUACUUUAUUGACAGUUUGACGAAUGGGAGAAAAAAAUUCACGUGAAAGAACAGCAGAAUUUCGAGGUUUUCUCAAUUAUUGUGGCCAGAAUCUGCUCUUAGGGCAUUAAAAUAGGAAUGGGGCACAUGCAGGAAGCGCGCGUGAGUGGAUACAUUUGCCGGCUGUGCUCAGAAGUGAGCAGAGUUGUGAUUCUCCUCUACGGAGACGUAGGACUGAAACUCUGCCUUGUAGCAAAAAUAAACAAUUUCCUCAACAUAAACAUUAAGCCGAAUGACCAGCUGCCAAAGACUGUGUGUCUGAAUUGUGUGCGUCAAGUGGAGAGCACGCAUCGCUUCAUAAAGAAAAUUCUGCUGAACAAGCAAAUCCUGAAGUUCGGCCGAGAACACCCGCAGAGGCGAGCACAAAUGGACAACCAGACCCCGGACGCGGAGCCUUCCCAGCCAGCCGCAGAAGCCUCGGGUGCUGGGUCGAGUUCUGCGGAAAACACAACUCCGGGCGUCACUUCAGCGGCUGUGGAAACGCCUUCCGAGUGGUCAGAAGAGUCAGAAUCCGAUGCAGAACUCGACGAAGUCAUGACAUAA